ACAAACUGACAGCUGCGUUCGGAAACGUAAACAAAGCCGGUCCCCGAAAUCGCUCCCCACAGCUGCCCGCAGUGUACAACGAUCCGCGUUUAAUGCCUCGAAAUGAACGAAAUCAACCACAAAACCGUGUUCGUGCUGGACCACACGCCCUACUUCGGCAUAUCGUGCGAAAGUCCGAUCGACUGUGACUUUAUCAAGAGCAAGGUGGCGGUCCCGCCGAUCAGCAAGAGCCUGUGGACGUGCGCGGUGGAAGCGUCGGUCGAGUACUGCCGGAUCGCGUACGACCUCUUUCCGGUGGGCAAGCUGAUCCGGUUCGUCGUGAGCGAUACGGCCGCCCACAUCGUCAACACGUGGAACACGAACACGCAGAGCCUGACGCACAUACUGAACGCGAUGUCGAUGGUGGGUGUGCCGCCGCGCCAAACGCAAGCGUCCGACUACUCGGUGAUACACGGGCUGCGGGCCGCGAUCGAGGCGCUGGCCGAGCCGACCGAGUUCCAGAAGGAGCAGCUGGCGGUGCACGCCAAGAGCGACUGCUUCAAGCUGGUCAACCGGGGCCGGGUGAUCUGCAUCACGUCGGCGCGCGAUGACGCGAGCAUGAAGAGCCUGGAGGACAUCUUCCGCACCGUGCUGGUGCAGCAGAACGCCAUCUCGGCCGGGCACAAGGAGUACAUCAACAUCGACCAGUGCCAUCUGGUGAUUAUCAACCUGUACCCGGCCAACAUGGAGUCGAUGGUGUCGAACCGGGCGCUGAUCGAAAUCUCGCCCAUCCUCCUGUCGGAGAUACACUCGAACAAGGCGAACACGAUCUCGAACAAGCUGACGCAUCUGAUCCUUCCCCACUUUGAUCUGGCGAGCACCACCGUCACCGGCAUACCGAUGAAGGAGGAGCAGAACGCCAGCUCCAGCGCCAACUACGACGUGGAGAUCUUUCACGGCCGCACCGCCCACUCCGUCUUUCUCGGCACGGAGCUGGUGCUGCCGCACAGCCUGAAGGACGGGUCGGACUACGAGACGGUCACGCUCAAGUGGUGCACGCCGCGCAGCUGCGGCUCGUCCGAGAUGCAGCCCUGCCUGGCCCAGUGCCGCGUCACGCCGGUCGAUGUGACGUCGCGGCCGAGCUCCUGCCUGAUCAACUUCCUGCUGAGCGGCCGGUCGGUGCUGCUGGAGAUGCCGAAAAAGUCGGGCGGCAAGAUCACCAGCCAUCUGCUGUCCGCCCACGGUGGGGAGAUCUUCAUCCACUCGCUCAACACGGCCCGCAGCUGCCUGGAGGAUCCGCCCUCGAUAUCGGAGGGUGGCGGGGGCCGCGUCACCGACUAUCGGAUCAAGGAUUUCGGCGCGCUGAUGCAGCAGCACCGGCUGGUGCCGCUGAAACCGCUGCCCGAGCGGCAACCGGACGAGCAUCUGCAGAAGAUGCGCGGCAGGCUGGCGCGCAACUCGCGCUACUGGCCGCUGACGCUGGGCCGCACCGUGCUGUACAAUGUGCGCCACUUUGUCGAACCGCUGCUGCUGCUCACCCAGAAGCCGGAGCUGAGCGAGGAGGAGAAGAUGCUGUGCCUCAAAUCGAUCUACAACCUGUCGCAGCUGGAGGAGCGGCAGGAGGUGCUCGCCCUGCCGAACAUGGGUCACCGGUUGAAGGGCAACAAGAAGGAGGAGCAGUACCGGCUGCUCUGGUCGGAGCUGGAAACGAUCGUCAACUGUAACGGCGCGUCACCGGCGCACAAAGCGAUCGUGGGCUGCAUACGCGAAUGCCGCCGGAUGUACCCGAGCGCGGACGGUGCCGAUCCGUACGACAAGACGCACGGUGGGACGGCGGAGGGUGGAGUGGCGGCGGCAGCGGCGGCUGCGGCGGCGGCGGAUGCGCACCGGGCGAGCGUUAUUCGCGCGACAACGGAUUCGCCAAUGUCACCGCCCCAUUCGAUGGGUGGCUCGACGGGUGCGGCUGGUGCGAGUGGUGGCGCAACGGCUGGAGGGGGUAGUAGCGGUGGGACCGGUGGUGGCACUGGUGCAGAUGCUACGUCCUCCUCUUCCGGCACCAGCGUGACACUGGCGGUGGGGAGUGGAGGUGUGUCGGUCGGUUUGCUUGGCGCCCGGGGGACGAUGGGCAGCGGGAAGAAGGGCUUCGGUUCCGGUGGCCGCUCCCUGCUCGAUGUGCUAGCCUCGACCGAGCGGGCCAUCAGCCAGAAGCGGAUCGAUUUCAGCGGCCGGCUGUGCACACCUUCCGGACAGGUGGCGAAGCUUUACUCCCACGUCGGUGCGAAGGAUGCGGACGGCGGCGGCGGUGCACAGGGAAGGCCGGCGGAUGUCAAAUAAGGCGGGAGGGAGGGAAGGUUGGGGCGUCCCAAAACACGUCAGCUCAGAGAGUAGCAUUAAAUUGCAAGGAAAGUUAAGCAAAAUUGUACAAUAAAUAGGAAAUAAAGUCUCUUUUUAGUUUA